AUGGCUCUGGCUCUGGCUCUGGCUCUGGCUCUGGCUCUGGCUCUGGCUCUGGCUCUGGCUCUGGCUCUGGCUCUGGCUCUGGCUCUGGCUCUGGCACUGGCACCCUGUCCGUCCGAGAUUGUGGGCAGACAGGGCCUGACUCGCACCGCCGUCUUUUUUGCGGAUAGCACAGGCGGGGCAGGGCGGGAAUCAGGAAAAGAGAAUGGCAUGGGGGCUGCGAGAGUUUACGCUAACCACUCGGCCCACCACCGAUGA